AUGCGCACGUUCGUACUCACACUCUGGUAUUCACCAAGCCUGGAAGAAGUGGCGGUGAAUGAGCGUGGGCCGCAAUCACGUGAAACCGAGCCGUCCACGUGGCCGGGUACCCACAUCUACCGCUCUUUGGGUCUGCACCCCACAACCGCCACACCUAAUACACAAAACCGCGCUAGACAGAACAAUAGCAUCAUGACCAAUGUGCCAGGUUUGGAAGAUCUAUUUCCCGGGGCGAAGGAGACCCCAGCCCCAGCCACAGUGUACAAACAGAUUCGACAGCGCUUGACCCGUCUAACGGAAAUACGGCACCUCAUCCGAAUGGAUGGCGAAAACCCCAAACUCCUCGUAUAUGCCAUCGAGAACCUCGAGGAGCUUUGCCAGACGUGGACCCACUUGGCAUCGCUCGCUAACAUCGAAUUUCGCCUCAAGGACAUGGCAGCAGCGCAGCUGGACGAAGAGACACGCAAAGCGCGAGAGUGGGUCCUCGGCGUUAUCACACUUCAGGAACAGCUCUGUGAGAGGUCCCACUUUGUCCGCUUGCUCCGAUCCGCCCUCGAGAAAGACCCAGGCGAGCGAACAGACUUGGAAUCCCUCUACAUGACUCUCACAGAGGAGGAUCCGGACGACCCAACAGAGAGACUGGACAUCGCAUACACGCUGGUCCUCCACUUCAACUACGCGGAGACGUACAAGAGUAUCCUAGAAAAGGCGCAACAGCUCUCCGCGCGCAAAUCCAAGGCCUCAGAAGCCCACGCAAAGAAAGUCCGCAAGCGCAUCGUCGAAAAGGCGCAGUCUAUCAAAGUCGACAUGUUCGCCUGUGCUGUCCCGCUCUCGACCAUCAGGUCCGCGCAAAACGAGGAGCGCGACUGCCCCGUCUGCCGAAACGCAUACCUCGACUUCGCCACCUUCUCCGCUGGGGACCUCCUCGCAGACUACGCCGUCCGCAUCAAGUACUGCGGUCAUGUCGUCGGGAAGCACUGUCUGGAGACUUGGAUGGACACGCCGCUCAUCGAUGCUGCUAGAUAUCCGGACCGAACGUGCCCGCUCUGCAGAACGGAGAUUGAAGGACGAGAAACACCGGACUUACCAAGGGGUCUAAGAGAGCAUAUCGUGCAUAGCAGGCAAGCGGGGGAGCUGAUGCAGAAGACGGACCUGGAGACGGACGAAUGCUUGGACGUGCUGCUGAGGCUGAUGAGCGAGGAGGUGGCGGUUGGCGCGCUGCUGGAGGAGGCUGGCGAAGAGGAGCAUGGGCAGGUGGAUGUGGAAAUGGCGAGGGAGUUUUUGAAGGAGAGGGCAGAGGAGCUGAGGGAGGAGAAGAAGAUGUUGGGGUUUGCUCGAAGCGAGGGGCUUUGGAGGGGAAUGAGGGCCGAGUGGGUGGAUAGUGGAGUGAAGAGGUGA